GAAUACACAAUUACAAACUGUUCGAUAGAAAGAAAAAAAUGAAAAAUUUUAAAUAUUCGUGGAUGUUUUGAACACACAAUUAGAAACUUAUUCAACGCACACAUAAGGUAAUUCAAGAUUUUCAAUUAAAACUUCCUAAAUAUGCACCCUUGUGUAUUCUCCUCCUCCAUUACCCUAUAUAUGAUACUCUUAUUCUCCACCUCCAUUACAAGUUCAAGUCACAAAAUCUUCUUCUUCACCAACGUAUUCGCUUUCUUUCACAGCCCAAAAAAAAAAAAAAAGUCUCUUUCUCUCUUUAUUCUUACCGUUUUUUUUAGCAAACAAAUGGGUCGGAGAAAGAUCAAGAUGGAGAUGGUUCAAGACAUGAACACAAGACAGGUUACCUUUUCAAAACGGAGGACAGGUUUGUUCAAGAAGGCUAGCGAGCUAGCCACGCUCUGCAACGCUGAGUUGGGUAUUGUUGUCUUUUCACCGGGGGGCAAGCCUUUCUCUUACGGGAAACCGGAUCUCGAUUCUGUUGCAGAUCGAUUCUUGAAGGAAUAUGAUGAUAAUGAUGAUUCAGAUAGUGGCGAUGAAGAAGGAAGAGGUCGUCGUACUAGACCUAAACUGAAGAGGAUGAGUGAACGUCUUGAUACGCUCAACCAAGAGAUUGAAGCUGAGAAGAAACGAGGCGAAAAGGCUCAAGAGAAGCUUGAGUCUGCUGGGGAUAGGAGAUUCAAGAAGUCCAUCGAGGCGCUUACUCUCGAGGAACUCAAUGAAUACAAAGACAAGCUUGAGACAGUCCAUGAUAGGGUCCAAAGUGAUGCCAGUCGCAUUCAGGCUUCGUCUGAUCUCGUACUUCUCUCCAACGAUANCCUUGUGUAUUCUCCUCCUCCA